CAGCUGUUGCUACCAGAAGCACGCUGGCAUCUCAUAUGCGAAGGUGUCUGCGUGUGUUAUACAUGCAGCAUUCGAUGCCUGCUCACUUGGGAGUUCACACAGCACGAGUUGAAUUACGCAUUGUGAAAACUCAUCAAGGAAGCUUCCAAAUGAUCUUCAACAGCACAGAGAUCAUGGCCUCAGACUUCAUGCCAACUACAUCCACACCUCCUGUGAGGACUUACUCAAACACCAGCAACUGCUCUUCAUCUGAAGGCUGGGAGUGGUUGUAUACCAUGCAGCCGGUGUACAUGAUGAUCAUUUGUAUACUUGGAAUUUCUGGGAAUGUUUUUGUUUUGGCUGUCUUCAUUCUGCACAAAAAGUCAUGUACUGUAGCUGAACUCUACCUAAGUAACCUAGCUGCUGCUGACUUGGUCCUGCUUGCUUGUCUUCCUUUCUGGGCUAUAAACAUAGCUCAUGGCUUUAAUUGGCAGUUUGGUACAGUAAUGUGCCGCCUUGUCAACGCGGGCAUUAUUAUUAAUGUGUACUGCAGUAUCUACUUCUUGGUUUUGGUGAGUGCUGAUCGAUAUAUUGCACUGGUACACACGAUGUCAAUUGGCAGGAUGCGGCGCACCCUCUACGCCAAGCUCAGUUGCUUGGCCAUUUGGGGAUUUGGUAUCAUCAUGAGCAUCCCAGUUCUGAAAUUUAGGACGGUGGAGUAUUAUUUGGAUUAUGAUGUGAACGCAUGCUAUUUAAAAUAUCCAAGCUUUGAUGUAGAACUCACUUGUGAUAUCUUGCUCAUUAUAAUUGGGUUCGUUAUACCAAUGUCAAUUAUCUCCUACUGCACGUGCAAGAUCAUCCAGGCCUUAAGAAACCAAACGCUGGAGAAGUUAAAUACAGUGAACACAGAAAAGAAGGCCACUUUCCUGGUGUUAUCGGUUCUGUUUGCAUUUGUGUUAUGUUGGACACCAUUUCACUUGGUAACGUUCCUUCACAUCCUUCUUCGCGUCAACGUAUUACGAGGAUGUGACGUAGAGAACACCUUGGAAAUAAGCAAUCAGGUGUUCACCUAUCUUGCUUUAAGCAAUAGUGUUUUGAAUCCUAUUCUCUAUGUAAUAGUUGGAAAGAAUUUCAGAAAUAAAGUUAAAGAACUGUUUGAGAAAGUAUCUCAAAAAAGGAAGACUACUACAUCUACCCGGUCCCAUCUUUCCUCAACACUGAAGACAUUUGUGUAAGACUAAAAAAAAGUGUUUCAAUCAUUUUUGAACCUUGGUCUGAAUGGAAAAAAAUAAUAAUGUCAUAAUGGCAAACAACAGUACAAGAAUGUGAGCCUAAAUUACCUUUCAGUUCAUUACCUUCA